GCGCCAACAUUUCCCAUUCUACUAUCAUUCUACUAUCAGCAGAUAGCACAGACUCACACACCAUGUCUGUAACACUCCAUACCACCCACGGCGACCUCAAAGUCGAGCUCUUCUGCGAAGCAGUCCCCAAAACAGCAGAGAACUUCAUCGCCCUCUGCGCCAGCGGCGCAUACAACAACACGCCCUUCCACCGCCUCAUCCCGGGCUUCAUGAUCCAAGGCGGCGACAUCUCACUCAACCCGUCCCUCAUCUCCUCCUCAUCCAGCUCUAAACCCCCCCUCCCCUUCGAAGACAUCCCCAAAGGCGGCACCUCAAUCCACCACCCGCAAGCCCUAAACCAAGAAAUUCACCUCCCAGCACUAAAGCACAACACGCGGGGUAUCCUCUCGAUGGCAUCCCGCCCCGUGAAGGAUCGCACAGCGCCGGGAUCGCAAGGCGCCACGGGGGCAACUAUAAACGGAAGCCAGUUCUUCGUGACGUUUGCGCCGGCGCCGCAUUUGGAUGGCGCGAGUACGGUGUUUGGGAAGGUGUUGAAUCUGACGGCGCAGGAUGAGGGCGGGGAUGUGUUGGGGAGAUUGGAGAAGGCGAAUGUUAAGGUUGAUAAGAAGGGGAGGGUGGUGCAGCCUAAGGAGGGAGAGGAGGGGGGCUUUGAGGCGUUGAAGAUUGAGAGGGUUACGAUUCAUGCGAAUCCGUUUGCGAAGUGAGGUGGGGGGUAUUUGUGGUUGGUUGAUAUGUUUGAAGAAGGGUUGGUUGGUAUGGUCAUGGCCAUGGCCAUGCUCUAUGUCGAUUGUGAGAUGUGAAGACGCCAUGCUUGAUGCGAACUGGAAACUAUAUGCGGCAUCAGGUGUCGCUCUUGCAAUGGCUCAGCUCGCCUCACUACUUAAGGCUACCAGCGUCGCUCGAUACCUCAUACAAUGUCCGUGGUGGACUGAGGU